AUGUUACAAAAAGCGGAAAAGCGAGCAACUCCAUCGAAAGAGCUGUUAAUCUGCUCUGUAGUACCAGAACUGACACAGUCGAUCAUGUUUUCGGUAAAAGCAGUCGCAGUAAUUGCUGCCAUUCUUCUUCAUGAAAUUCCACAAGUGCAGCCCUACGAAAUCACACUGGACUCAUUCGCACCGACCAAGAGUAUCGGUCAGCCACUGGUCAACUACGGAACGCUGCGCCUCUCCAAGAAAGGUCGAAACAAUUACGAUUUAUCAGGAAAUUUCACUAUGCUUCGGAACUUGGGCAGACAGUUUCGGGCCACAUUUGAAUUUGGACGAAUUUCGGGCGAUUCGUUUUUGCCACCGGUGAAAAUGGAACAGGAAUUCUGUCAGCUGUACGAUUCGGAUACACACAUGCUGGAGGCGUUUCGCAAUGUGUCCAACUUCCCGCCGAAAGGAACCUGCCCGCUGCUGAAGGGACCGUACUACAUCGACGGGUACGGAGUCAAUGAACGUCAUUUUCCGCCGGCUACUCUGCCGGGUGCUUAUUUGAUGAAGUUUGUAAUUGCUGAAAAUGGCAAAAACGUGGCCGGUUUUUCGUUACAUGCGACGCUAACAUCUUAA